CAGUACUUGGUACUGCAACACUUCGUAAAACAGAACACUUCGACAACUUCCUCUUCGUCUGCAGUACGAGUACUUUCGGGUGGUAUCUUGAAAAUAUGAAGUACAGUAGUACUUCUACUUCGUAAUUUGUAACCCUCGACAAAUCGGAAGAAGUCAUAUCAAAACACUUCACGUAAAAUCCAGAAGUAAAAGCAACGAAGACAAAAUGGUAGACAAGAAAGACGAAGACAAAACCACAAAAAAAUCUGAUGCGCCUCCUAAACGGCGGCGAAAGGAUAUCCCAUCUGUGGAUUAUUUGUUGAAGCACGGCGAUCCGGAUACGGCCCAUUUGCCAAAGACAAAUUUUGAGAAGUAUGGGUAUCCGUUUAUCUUGGCAUUGAUUUUUGCAAUUUCUCUUUUGAUCUUCCAUCAUGCACCCCACGAGAAUGCGCGACCCAGAAAGAAAUAUACCCUUCCUAAUGUGAAAACGAUGCCCUUUUUCGACAGAAGACCUACAGCUCAAGAUGAACCCAAAAAGCAGACCGAAUUGUGAGAAACUGGAUCGAAGAGCAGCUAGUGAAAACGUAAAAAUUUCAGCGAUGUGGCAGCUGGACUCCACUCGUUUGCGGUUAUGGGUAGUCAAAAAUUACUUGUCGCCAUGAAAACAAUCAGUUCCUAAAAUCUACAAAUCGGCUUUGCACAAAAGUUUGCUCUCAAGAAAAAUCUGUAAAUGUAUUGCGAUUCUCAACWAAGUGAAAUUACCAAAAGCAACAUGAACGCAGAAUCCUCGAUCCAUUUGAARAUUGUUCCUAUUCUGUCAUCGCACAGGUUACAGUAAAAAAUACUUUCAAAA